AUGAGAAUUCAACAAACCCGUCAGAGAGAAAGCGAUAGCGAGAACGAUGAUCGAGGACAAGAAAUUGUCAAUGAUGAUGCUGUUGACCGGUGUGAUCUGGCUGUGGGAUGGAACGAUUCACACGUUUGCAUGAUAGCGUCAAUGACUUAUGAAUGGUUUAAAGUCGAUCAGCGAGCAGGGCUUUUCACAUCGGAAAGUGAUUCGGGAGCGUACGGAAAUGGGGAGUUUGUUGUGAAAAAUGUCACAAUGUUUCAUGUGCCUGUGCAGGGAUCGAAUUUGGAUCAAGGUUCUGCUGGGCGAGAACCGAGCUUCUACAUUUAUGUGAUCACAAUCCCUUGCUUUCUCUUGACUUUUCUAUCAAUUGUUGGAUGUUUUUGGACAACUAAUGUGAAAGAGCGUCAACUGGAAAAGUUGGCAAUUGCUUUGACAAGUAUGAUGUCGAUGACAACAUUUGUCGAUAUGGUUUCCCAACAAAUGCCCAAGACCAACGAUUUUCCUUUAUUAGGUACAUUUGUCCUCAUUUGUGUCUUCAUCACUUCAGCCGCUUGUGUCUUCGUUGGUCAACAGAGAACAUUCAACCUUUCAACGCACACAAGUUAUGCUCUCGCUUCUGCUUUUCGUUUUGUUUUUGAUCGGCGGUACAUCAGCUGCCUCAUGCAUCGACUGUAUCUGUCAACA